AUGGCCGUUGCGCAAAGGCUCCUCGUCAGUAUGUCCUGCGAGGCCGGCACGCCGCACUGGACGCUGACCGCGGUGGUUCUCCUGGGCUUUCUGCUGGGGAUCGUGUCAGCGUACCCUUUACCGAGCAGCCGGACAAAUGCAACUUUAUUGGAGAAACGAUGGGAGACCCUCUUCUCCCGCUCUGUACUGGGGAUCUCCGGGCAGAAACCGGAGCUGAACUGGGAGAAUGACUAUCUGCUGGGCAUCAAAAGAGUGCGGAGGCUCUACUGCAACGUGGGCAUCGGGUUUCACCUUCAGGUCCUCCCCGACGGCAGGAUAAACGGUGUACAUAAUGAAAACCAGUACAGUCUAAUAGAGAUAUCCACGGUGGACAGAGGAGUGGUGAGCCUGUAUGGGGUGAAGAGUGAGUUGUUUGUCGCAAUGAACAGCCGUGGGAGGUUAUACGGAACGAAAGUCUUCCAUGACGAGUGCCAGUUCAAGGAGAGCAUGCUCGCCAACAACUACAACGCCUACGAGUCUCUGGUUUACAGAGGCUCCUACAUAGCACUCAGCAAGCAUGGCCGCGUGAAGAGGGGCCACAAGGCCACCACUGCCAUGACUGUAACGCACUUCCUACCCCGGAUAUGAUGGCAAUAACAAACUCUUUUGCACAUGUGGAUUAUUUCCCAGGUAACAUAAAUACCAUAUACGUACGUACAAACACAAAAGACAACACGGACUGUAAAAGAAAGAAAUACCACUAUAUCUGAUAGUAUUUAUUCAAACUUUAUAUGUAUAUUUGGGUAGCUUCCUUUGUAUUAGAAAUUAUGGA